AAAGGGGCCCAAGGGGUGGGGCUGACGCUGCAGCUGGCGCAGCUCAGGCUCAGAGCAGCGGAGCCGCCUAGCAGCCACCUUCCCCCGCCAGUCCGCGCGCCCGGGCCGGGGCUAGGCCCCCCACCGCCGGGUCCCCCGGGGCUGCAGUAGCAGCGGCGCCGCCCGCGGCUCCCGCUGGGGCCCGGGCGCCGGCCCCGCUCUGCAGGAUGGGCACGGUGCUGUCUCUUUCCCCUGCCUCCUCGGCCAAGGGCCGGAGGCCCGGCGGGCUGCCCGAAGAGAAGAAGAAGGCGCCGCCCGCGGGGGACGAGGCGCUGGGGGGCUACGGGGCGCCGCCAGUGGGCAAGGGCGGCAAAGGCGAGAGCCGACUCAAGCGGCCGUCCGUGCUCAUCUCGGCGCUCACCUGGAAGCGCCUGGUGGCCGCGUCCGCCAAGAAGAAGAAAGGCAGCAAGAAGGUGACACCCAAGCCGGCAUCCACGGGCCCCGACCCCCUGGUCCAGCAACGCAACCGCGAGAACCUUCUCCGCAAGGGCCGGGAUCCCCCCGACGGCGGUGGCACCGCCAAGCCCCUGGCGGUGCCAGUGCCCACCGUGCCCGCGGCUGCCGCCACCUGCGAGCCACCGUCGGGGGGCAGCGCGGCCGCUCAGCCGCCGGGCUCGGGAGGGGGAAAGCCUCCGCCGCCGCCUCCCCCAGCCCCGCAGGCGGCGCCGCCGGUGCCUGGCGGCUCGCCGCGGCGGGUCAUCGUGCAGGCGUCCACCGGCGAGCUGCUGCGCUGUCUGGGCGACUUCGUGUGCCGACGCUGCUACCGCCUCAAGGAGCUGAGCCCUGGCGAGCUGGUAGGCUGGUUCCGCGGUGUGGACCGCUCGCUGCUGCUGCAGGGCUGGCAAGACCAGGCCUUCAUUACGCCCGCCAACCUGGUGUUCGUGUACCUGCUGUGCCGCGAGUCGCUGCGUGGGGACGAGCUGGCGUCGGCCGCCGAGCUGCAGGCCGCCUUCCUCACCUGCCUCUACCUCGCCUACUCCUACAUGGGCAACGAGAUCUCCUACCCACUCAAGCCCUUCCUCGUGGAGCCCGACAAGGAGCGCUUCUGGCAGCGCUGCCUGCGCCUCAUCCAGCGGCUCAGCCCGCAGAUGCUGCGGCUCAACGCCGACCCCCACUUCUUCACGCAGGUCUUUCAAGACCUCAAGAACGAGGGCGAGGCCGCCGCCAGCGGCGGGGGCCCACCGAACGGGGGCGCGUCCGCCGCCUCCUCGGCCGCCAGGGACAGCUGCGCGGCCGGAGCCAAGCACUGGACUAUGAACCUGGACCGCUAGGGAUACCCAGGGGCCGCGCCCAUCCCCCGUCCCAGCCCCCGACACACACUCGGACCCCCCGGGACCACCAAGCCACCGCCGCUGUUACUGCCGCUCAGCGCCCCGGCUGGGCGGAGGAGGAGCCGCCCAUGCCCCUCAGGGGAAAGUGGAGGCCGGGACACCAGAGGCCGCGGUGUUUGGAUUUGCUGGGCGUGAAGUGGGGACGGAAGAUGAGCGCGGGAAGGGCACUCCAACCUCACUCUUCCCGUCUGUCUGCGCCCCCAUUUCUUCAUUUCUGCCCGGGUCUUCCCCUUCCCUUCAGUCCAUUCCCCCUUGGUUUUGUCCAUUUCCUUGCCUCCUUUUUGUGUCUUCAUUUUUCCUCCUGUCUGCAUUCCUCUCUCUCUCUCCCUCUCUCUCUCUCCUGUUCCUCUCUUUCUUCCUCCCUCUCACUGCCUUUCCAUUUUCUGUUCCUUGGGCGUGUGUGUCCGCAUCUCCAUCUUACCCCUUGCUUGACUGUACCCCAUGGCCCCCCCGUUUCUCCUCCUGCACCUGUGUCCCCAUCUCUUCUUGUUGCUCCUGUCAUGUGUCACCAUCUUCCCUCCUGUCUGCCUUCUUCCUCCACUUGUGUCAGCUUGCAUUUUUUAUUCCUAACUGAGUUCCCACACCCCCCUCCCCAGAUCAAAGGGAAUAUUAGUUUUUAAUUUGGAUUGACUGAGGUGCCAGGAGAAACUGCAGCCCCAGGCACCCAGACAGGACCAGGAUGGCCCCUCGCCCCACCCCCACUGCCUCUCCCCACCUUUUCCAACGUGUUGCAUGCUGGGAGCUGGGGGGGUGGAGGAAGGGGCUGACCGCUUCUUUCAGAAGGCUGAGGUUUGGAGGCAAAAUCAACCUGGGAGACCACCCCGGCCGCGGCGCCUCAGUGGACAGGUGGGAGGAGAAGAAAACUUCUUACCUUGGGGAAGGAACAUCCCGCUUCCUUAUCCUUAGCUUUUUUGUUUUCCCUCCCCACUGCCCCUUUUAAUUUAUUUGGUUGUUUGCGGAGGGAGGGGGGAGGGGGGAGGCUGGGCUGGGAACUGUCCGAGGUGCUGAGCAGAGGCGGGACAGGAAUCCUCCCGGUAGAGUACCAGGGACUGGGUUGGGCCUGGGGCCGCGUCCAAGGUGCCAAUGAUGCGGGCCGACAGAGCGGGCCGCACUGUCUGUCUGUCCGUCUGUCCCGGAAAGAACUAUAAAGCGCUGGAAGCGCCUGCAGAUGGUU